AUGAUUCAAAAGGUUCUCCUCUUGGGUCUUGCCGCUUCGACGGCGCUGGCAAAGCCCAUUGUCCACCCACAGGCCAUCCACAGACGUGACGAUGUCACCAUCAUCCCGUCGGCCGUCAACCACACCGGAGAUGUCGACGCUUGUCAAGGUUACACACUGGGCUCGAUCCAGGCCACCAACACUGGUGUCGACGGUGUGCUCACUCUGAAGGGAGAUUGCAAUGCCUAUGGUCCCGACUACGAGACCCUCAAGCUCACCGUCCGUUACGAGACAGCCGACCGUCUCCGCGUUCACAUUGCCGAUUCCGAGGGCAAGGCUCACGUUGUACCGGACGAUGUGACAAGCAACGGCUGGCCCAAGAUUGGCGACACUGCUGUGUCGAGCCAGAAGAGCAACCUCGAGUUUAAGUACACCGAGGACCCGUUCACCUUCCAGGUCAUUCGCAAGUCGGACAAGCAUGUCAUCUUCGACACAACGGAUAGCCCUCUGAUCUUUGAGGAGCAGUACCUUCGAAUCCGCUCCAAGCUCGCCGAGGGUUCCAACCUGCAGGGUCUUGGUCAACACAACGACAACUUCACCCACACCAACCUCUACGGAAACCAUCCGUUCUAUGUCAACCAGCACGUGGGCAAGAACCCCUCGGCUUCCGGCACCUACCUCCUGAACUCGCACGGCAUGGACGUCAUCUUCCCCAACAACGGUACAGAGGUUGAGUUCAACGCCCUGGGUGGUAUUGCGGACCUCUUCUUCUUCAACGGCCCUUCCCCGGCCGAGGUGGCCAAGCAGGCUUCCCAGGUCUGGGGUCCUUCCAAGGAGGUUCCUUACUGGGCUCUUGGCUACCACAGCUGUCGUUAUGGUUACAUUGACAUUGCCGAGGUCGCCGAGGUUAUUGCCAACUACUCGGCUGCUGGCAUCCCCUUGCAGACCCAGUGGAUGGACAUUGACUACAUGUACGACCGGUGGAUCAUGACCCUCGACCCUGACCGCUUCGGCCUCGAGAAGGUCCGCUACGUUAUCGACAAGCUCCACGACACGAACCGUGACUUCAUUGUCAUGGUUGACCCCGCCACCUUCUCCGGUACCCCAAACCAGACUACCGACACCUACGAGACUUUCAACAGUGGUGUGGAGGAGGACAUCUUCCUCAAGCUCACCAACGGUGACCUCUACGAAGGUGUCGUGUGGCCGGGCCCCACCGUCUUCCCCGACUGGACGCACCAGAAUGCGCAGUCGUGGUGGAACUCUGAGUUUGCAAAGUUCUUCGACCCCGCUACUGGUGUCGACGUGUCCGGUAUCUGGCUUGACAUGAACGAGCCUGCCAACUUCCUCCCUUACCUCGAGGCCAACGUGUAUCGCAUCUCCAACGAGCGUAUCUCGCCUCCUGUUCGCCGUCUACCCCGUCUGAUCCCCCGUGAGAUUCCUGGCUUCCCCGCCUUUGUCGCCGGCCAGAACAUUUCCGCUUCCUUCGGCAACGACACGGGUAGCUCGGAUGCCGCUCGCCGCUCCCUCCCUCAGCACACACUCAAUGCCCGUCUCAGCGGCGCUGUCGACACUCUGGACGACUACCUGAGCCCCGAGCUUGACAACCAGUGGCUCUACCCUCCUUACCAGAUUGACGACCGCCGCUCGGCCCCCUCUGAGAGCGACAGCACUCAGGGUAGGAAGAACAUUUCCGACUACACAGCCCGUACCGACGUUGUCCAGGCCAACGGUGCCCGCAUCUACGACGAACACAACCUCUACGGCUCUCGCCAUGCCAUUGUCACCCGCAACGCCCUUGUCGAGCGCUACCCGGCCAAGCGUCCCUUCACCGUCGCUCGCUCCUCGUUCUCGGGUACCCCCUCGGCUCUCUGGCUCGGUGACAACCUCUCCACGUGGGACCUCUACAUUGCUACUAUCAGGCAGAUGCUCCAGUUUACUGCCGUGGCUGGUGUCGGCGUGAUUGGCGCUGAUACUUGCGGCUUUGGUGGUAACACCACCGAGACCCUGUGUGCACGCUGGACUUGGCUCGGUGCUUUCAACACCUUCUACCGCAACCACAAUGGCGACGACAGCAUCUCGCAAGAGUCAUACCGCUGGAACCUUACCACCAUCGCCGCUCGCGCUUCGGGCCGCGUGCGUCUCGAGCUCCUCGACUACACCUACACCAUGAUCCACCAGCACUCCAAGGACGGCAGCCCAACCAUGUAUCCGCUCUCGUGGCUCCACCCCACCGAGGCCAACACAGUCCACAUUGAGACCCAGUUCUACUACGGUCCCAGCCUCCUCAUCUCACCUGUUGUCAACGAGAACGCCACCAGCGUCGACGUCCACAUUCCCAAGGACGUCUACUACGACUACUUCACUUACAAGACCAUCCAGGGUAAGGGUGCCCAGGUGACCCUCACGGACGUCGGCUACGACACCAUGCCCGUCUACAUCCGUGGCGGCUCAAUUCUCCCCUUGCGCAACGGCAACUCGUACACCACCGGCGAGAACCAGCAGCUCCCCUUCAAGCUCGUUGUUGCCCCAGGUGCGGACGGUACCGCCACAGGCUCGCUCUACCUCGACGAUGGCGAGAGUCUCGACGUCGGUGACGCGUACUCCGAAAUCACCUUCCAGUACGACGGCAAGCAGAUCAAGAUCGACGGCAAGUUUGGCUACAACUCGACGCCCAAGAUUGAGACCAUUGUGAUUGCAGGCCAGCACAGCAAGAAGACCGGCAAGGUCGACGGCAAGGCGUGCAGCUCCAAGUUUGACAAGAACAGCGGCAUCACCACCCUCAGUGGCCUCAGCAUCUCGCUCAACGAGGCCUCGACUGUCAAGCUGGAGUAA